AUGUCAGGUUCAAAAAAGACACAUGUUAAGUUUAAUGAUGAUGAUGAUAUAUCCAGUAAUAUCAUUUCCACUAUUACUGAUUUAGAUACAAAUAUGAAUAAGAAUAAGAAAAAGAAAUUUUAUGACAGUGACAGUGACAGCGACAGUGACAAUGAUGCACCAGAAGAAGAAGGUAUGGAUGAAGCUAGAGCUGAUUUAGAAAAGAGAGAAAAAGAACAACAAUUGUUGAUUAAAGAAGAACAACGAUUAUUAAAGGAGAAAAGGAGGAAACAAAACACGAUUUUUAAGGAACAACAAUUAGAAAAGAAAUUAAAAAUCGAGCAACAACAAAAGGAGAAAGCACAAGAAAAGCAGGACGAGGAAGAAGGUGGUUUGGUAGAAUUGUCUGAAGAAUUCCUUCAGAAUAUAAACAAUAACAUAAAUUUAGAUAAAGAAAGUCAACCCCAAAUAAUAAACUCAAUAAAUAGGUCAAGACAUAUCAAUUUUAAUGAUGAAGAAGAACAUAUUGAGAGUGAUAAGGAUGAAUAUAUGAAGAAUAAAAAGAUAAGUCUACAAGAAGAAAAAAUAAUUAAAAAAAUUAAUGAUCAAUUAACGAAAAAAGGUAAAAAAAGACUUUAA